AUGAUCCUAAAUUGGCUGGAGACGCCUGACCGGGCUGAAGAGGGGACCAGGAGGACGCCGCACUCUGACCGUCACCUGUCACCAGGCACUCCUGAUGAAAAGAACACUAAGAUCACAUUCAACUUCCAAAGUAGGCAGGCCUCAUGUUGCUCUCCUCCAAACUGUCCCGGUCCAUCAGUUCUUCACUUUGGGCCAGCAAGUGGACCGCUCCAGGUGAUCCUUUCCUACUGCUGCCUUGGACAGCUCCACCUAAUUGAGCAACCACGACACCGUCUUCCUCACUGUUCAGAAGAUAUUCCCUUCAGGUUGCCCCCAGUGAUGACUGUAUUGAACCCUGUACCUCCUGAUUAAACUGGUUGGAUGCCCCCAUUUAACAUCCAGCUUUCCAACUUCAGCGGCAUCUCAACUAAUCUCGCUCCAAUUCAUCCGUCACCAUCUUCCUGGAGAAAAGCUUCCAGGAGAUUUCGAGAAGAUUCCGUGUAGAAUAUGUCUGGCCCUGUCCCCAGCCGCUCUCGAGUUUACCCUGAUGUAAACACACAGAGACCGAGGGAAUACUGGGACUAUGAGUCCCAUGUUGUUGAGUGGGGAAACCAGGACGACUAUCAGCUAGUCAGGAAACUCGGGCGGGGUAAAUAUAGCGAGGUGUUCGAAGCUAUAAACAUCACAAACAACGAAAAAGUGGUCGUCAAAAUACUAAAGCCGGUGAAGAAAAAGAAAAUCAAGAGGGAAAUAAAGAUCCUAGAGAACCUCCGGGGCGGCCCAAACAUCAUCUCACUCUUAGAUAUUGUCAAGGAUCCUGUGUCCCGAACCCCUGCUCUGGUUUUUGAACAUGUGAACAACACAGACUUCAAGCAAUUGUAUCAAACCCUAUCUGACUUUGACAUCCGGUUCUACAUGUAUGAAAUCUUAAAGGCUUUGGAUUACUGCCAUAGUAUGGGCAUCAUGCACAGAGAUGUGAAGCCACACAAUGUAAUGAUUGAUCAUGAACACAGAAAGCUUCGCUUAAUCGACUGGGGCUUGGCAGAGUUCUAUCACCCAAACCAGGAAUAUAACGUGCGAGUGGCCUCCAGGUACUUCAAAGGACCUGAACUUCUGGUAGAUUACCAGAUGUAUGACUACAGUUUGGACAUGUGGAGUUUGGGCUGCAUGCUGGCUAGCAUGAUCUUCAGAAAGGAACCUUUCUUUCACGGUCACGACAACUACGAUCAGCUCGUGCGAAUUGCAAAAGUACUGGGCACAGAGGACCUGUAUGACUACACUGACAAAUACAACAUUGAAUUGGACCCGCGAUUCAACGACAUCUUGGGAAGGCACUCUCGUAAAAGGUGGGAGAGGUUUGUGCACAGCGAGAACCAGCACCUGGUUAGCACAGAGGCUCUGGACUUCCUGGACAAACUGCUGCGCUACGACCAUCAAGCCCGUCUGACAGCCAAAGAGGCCAUGGAUCAUCCAUACUUCUUUCCCAUCGUUAGAGAUCAGGGAAGGGGGGCCACUCCCGGAGGGAUGGCGGCCAGCUCCACACCAGUCAGCUCCUCAAGUAUGAUGGCCGGCAUCAGCUCAAUGACCUCCUCACAGCCGCUGGCAAACAUCGCUGGAUCACCCGUCAUCUCCGCCCCCAACACUCUGGCCACACAAGUCCCCGCAGCCACCGGGGCCCAGCCCUGAGGGGGACCCCUCUGUUCCCCCUAGUCCUGUGUUUGUGUGUGAUCAUGGCCACAUCCUGCCUAGUUCUCACUGUGGCUGCCACGCCUCCCCCCUUUUUAUGUUGACAAUAACAAAGAUGAUUUAAAUUGCUUUUCACAUUCAUUUAUAUUUUGACACCUGGACUUGACAGAACAUGUACUUAUUGCACCUGUCAGGAUUGUUAGACUUAAUUUGGGUGUGUUAUUUGACAAUGACAAUGUCUAGAAAUUCUAAUAAGAUGUAGACAUGAAGAGAAUGGAUAAUAAAAUUUAUUUUGUAUGUUCCAACUAUACAGUCUUGCUUGAAACUGUUUGACGUGGGAUCCUGCUGUACGACACUGUGAACCUUCCCCCCGCCCCCCCCCGACUUCACACAACACAGUCAGGACUCUGGUGUGCUCUUUGUGGCGCACACAUACACUCAAUACACACACACACACACAAACACACAUUGCUAUGUUGAGGAGUUGUUGGUAUUUUGAAGUUGUUAGUUGCCAUCAUUCAAUAAUUGGACUUUUGUAGAUAUUCUACAGUUACUGUCAGGUUGCAUGCACCCAAUGCUGAAUAUCACAGGGUUGAUAGUUUGCCAAUUUUAUGUUACUUUCACUUCUGUAUGUGUAUGUAUGUGUUCAUGUUUGUUUUUUUAUCAAGUCUCUUUACAAAUAAUUUUGAUGACAUAGACAAUUUUGUAACUUUUUGUUUUAUGUUUGGUAAGAGUCAUCACCUACGGAAAAACAACUUCAAAAAAUAAACAGUUUAAACAGG